UUAAAUCUGAUUAAAGGCUGAUUAAAGGCCGAUUAAUAUUGUCCAACUAGCAUUUCCCUAUCACUAAUAAAACGGGUUUUCAUUAUUGAUUACUCUCUCAGAUUUGUGUCUCCUUCAUGGCUUCAUCGGUACCCAGAGGCAGCUUCCGCUUACUUUCCUUUCUCUUCACAAAGAAUUUCUCAAGUGAUCUUACUAAUUAACUGUUUAGAGUUAAUAAUCACAACUCUUCUGCAACACAUACGCACACCAUAAUCCACUUCUUGAAACUUCAAACAUAUGGCAUCCGCCUCUUCUUCCGCAUCAAUCCCACCACCAAGAUCAUGCACCUAUCACGUGUUCUUGAGUUUCAGAGGAGAAGACACUCGCACAGGCUUCACUAGCCAUCUCUAUGCGGCCCUCAACAGUAAGGGAAUCACAACCUACAAAGAUGACCAAAACCUUCGCAAAGGCCAUGUUAUUUCAAAAGAGCUCCUCAAAGCAAUUGAAGAGUCUAUAUUUGCAGUCAUCGUUUUCUCACCGAACUACGCUUCCUCCAGUUGGUGCUUAGAUGAGCUCCAAAAGAUCAUUGAGUGUAAGAACCAGGUGGGGCUACAGAUCGAGGCAGUGUUCUACGGUGUGGAGCCUAGUGAUGUGAGGCACCAAAGAGGAACCUUUGAGGAAGCUUUCAAGAAACACGAAGAGAGACAUGACAGUGAGAAGGUCAAGAGAUGGAGAGAUGCGCUAACACAAGUAGCUGCUCAUUCUGGUUGGACCUCCAAAAAUGAGGACGAAGCAGUACUUGUGGAAAAUAUUGCUCAACAUAUAUUUGAAAUAUUGAUUCCUAAGUUGCCAUCUUCAAUGAAGAAUCUUGUGGGGAUUAAUUUGAGAGUGGAACAAGUGAUUACUCUCAUAGGCCUUGGAUUGAAUGAUGUUCGCUUUAUAGGUCUAUGGGGUAUGGGCGGGAUUGGUAAGACAACUAUUGCUAGAGCAGUCUUUGAAACCAUUCGAAAUAGAUUUGAAGUUACUUGCUUUCUUGCCGACGUUAGGGAGCAAUGCGAGAAAAAAGACAUUACUCACAUACAAAAGCAACUUCUUAAACAAAUGAAUAUAAGUUCAAAUGCUGUUCAUAACAAGUAUGAUGGGAGAACAAGAAUUCAAAACUCUCUACAUCUCAAAAAGGUACUUCUUGUUCUUGAUGAUGUAAAUCAUGAAAAACAAUUAGAGGAUUUGGCAGGGCAGCAAGAUUGGUUUGGUCCUGGAAGCAGAAUAGUAAUUACAACUAGAGACUUAGAGGUGCUAAAGAAACAAGAGGUGCAUGAAACUUAUAAGGUUGAAGGGUUAGUGAAAAGUGAAGCCUUUAAUCUCUUUUGUCUGAAAGCCUUUAAACAGCAGGAGCCUACAGAAGGAUUUUUGGAUUUGUCUGAAGAAGUGGUCAAGUACAGUGGUGGUCUUCCAUUGGCACUUAAAGUAUUGGGUUCCUAUCUUUAUGGUAGACCUAUUGCGGUUUGGCAUAGUGCUAUUGAAAAAAUAAAAAAGUCUUCAUAUUCUGAAAUUAUUGAUGUUUUGAAAAUAAGCUAUGAGGGUUUAGAUGAUAUGGAAAAGAAUAUUUUUCUAGAUAUUGCUUGUUUCUUUAAAGGACUGGGGAAAGAAUAUGUAACAACGAUAUUAGAAGGAUGUGGUUAUCAGGCUGAAAUUGGUCUUGAUAUUUUGAUUAACAGAUCAUUAGUUACUAUUAAAAAUGAUCGACUGGGAAUGCAUGAUCUGCUUGUAGAAAUGGGCAAACAAAUUGUAAUUCAGAAAUCUCCGAAUGAUGCUUGUGAGCAUAGCAGAUUGUGGUGUUUGGAGGAUGUUGAAUUUGUACUUACUCAAAAGAAGAAAACUAAAGCAACUCAUGGCAUCGUUCUACAUAAGAGGUAUAGCGAGACUGAAGUGAAUCAGAGAGAUUUAUCUUUCUCAAAAAUGUGUCAGUUAAAGCUUCUCAUUUUAAAUACCGUGGAAGCUCCCAUUCUCUGCGAUAUUCCUUGUACAUUAAAGGUAUUUCACUGGAAAUGCUGUCCACUGAAAACUCUGCCCCUUACAGAUCAUCAACGCUAUGAACUUGUUGAAAUUAAUCUGUCUGAUAGCAAAAUUGUACAGUUAUGGGAUGGAGAGAAGGUUCUAGAAAUGUUAGAGCACUUGAAUCUGUCUAGGUGCAUGAAGCUGAAACAAACGCCAUACCUUUCUGGGGCUCCCAAUCUUAAAAAACUUGUUCUUUGGGGAUGCCGGAAGUUGAAUUAUAUUCACCCGUCUCUCGCACACCACAAGAGACUUGUUGAAUUGGAUUUAGGUAAAUGUAUCCGUCUUGAAACACUUGGAGAUAAAUUGGAGAUGAGUUCACUCGAGAUACUAGAUCUAUCUGACUGCAGUAGUUUGAGAAGACUGCCAGAUCUUUAUGGGGCUCCCAAUCUUAAAACACUUGAGCUUAGGGGAUGCGAGGAGCUGGAUUAUAUUCACCCGUCUCUCGUACAACACAAUAACCUUGUUGAAUUGAAUUUAAGUGGAUGUAGGAGUCUUGAAACACUAGGAAAUAAAUUGGAGAUGAGUUCACUCAAGAAACUAGAUCUAAGCUUGUGCAGUAGUUUGAGAAGACUGCCAGAAUUUGGGAAAUGCAUGAAACAGUUAUCCAUUCUUAGGCUGGUAUAUUCAGGUAUAGAAGAGCUACCCCAGACGCUUGGAAAUUUGGCUGGCGUGUCUGAGUUGGACUUAACUGGAUGCUACAAGAUUACUGGUCUUCCCUUAUCACUUGGAUGUUUCGUUGGCCUAAAAAAGUUGGUGUUAAGUAGAUUCGUCGAACUUAGUUGUCUUCCACACAAAACUCACGGGUUAGAGUCCCUCACAGUUGAGGAUUUUUCUGACAGCCCAAAUAUUGUUGGAUUUUUGCGUUCUCUCUCUUGCCUGAGCCUGACCUCUUUGAGUAGCCUGACCCUUUCCUACUAUAUUGGGUCAUCUAGAGAAGAGUCGACCCUUUCCUAUGAUAUUGCCCACUUAGCGUCGUUGACCUUUUUGGAUUUAUCUAUGAGCAGUUUUUUAAGGGUUCCAGUAAGUAUCCAUCAACUUCCCAGACUUACGCGUGUAAAGCUAUCUUUUUGCGAUGAAUUGGAGGUUUUACCAGAGCUUCCAUCAAGUCUAAGAGAAUUAGACGCACAGGGUUGUUAUUCACUGGAUGCGUCGAAUGUUGAUAAUGUUAUAUCAAAGGCAUGUUGUGGCUUUGCAGAAUCAGCUAGCCAAGAUCGUCAAGACUUCUUGCAAAUGUUGAUCACAGGGGAGGAACUUCCCGCAUGGUUUGAGCAUCAGGAACAAGAUAAUGGAGUAUCAGUCUCAUUCCCACUUAAUUGCCCUUCAACUGAAAUGGUCGCACUUGCUCUCUCUUUCCUAUGUGAAGGUAUCAAAGGUUUCAGAAGAUUCCAGCCUUCGGUGAUCUGCAACGGGAAAGAAUUCAUCAACGCGAGUUUAUCCGUGAUGAAAAGUGAGGAUUCUUUGUUCAUUGUGUGCGUGAACGGUUACUAUUUUAGUAAGCUGUUAUGCCAACACAAUCGCUUCCAAAUGUUAUUUCCAGAUCACGACGAUCUUGAUAUCCGAGUAAAGAGAUGUGGAGCACGUUGGGUGUGCAAGCAAGACAUUCAAGAUUUCAAGAAAUGAAAAUAUGAAACAGGGAAAAGAAAAGCAACUCUUGAACUGAACAUGGACAUGAUUUCACAUUCUUCAGCUUCUAUAAAUAAGAUGCUCGUGGUUGACUCUCCCGUGUAUGAACAAGAGAUAGAGCUAGCCGCCACAGCGGAGGCCUCUAUUAGCCAUUUGCCAUCUCGCAAAAGCUCUGACCCAUCUCGCAAAAGCACUUAGUUACCAUAGCUCAUGACACAGGUUUCUCAAUAUGUUACAUGUAUCAUUGCCAAGCUUAGAUCUGCUCGGCUAAAUGGUUCCCCAGAUCUGAAGCUUUUGACACAGCUCAUUGCAUCCAUCCACAAAGAAAUCCCCAGGAACAGGUCAGCCAAGGUGAACCUGAAGAUUUUUCUGAUUAUCCUUUUUUUCAUGCCAAAAUAUUAAGCACUGGCUGGGUGCCUAUUGAGGAUAUCGUAGAUUUGAGCAAAAGUGAGAUGGAAAGGCAAAGGCGUGAAGGGGAAAGUGUUUGACAAAUAUAUUUGCAGAUGAUGUGAUUGAAGUGAACAACUUUGGUUGAGAAGAAAGUUUUUGAAGGAGCUGGAGUACAUCACUAUUAGUUUCCCCUGGAACUAAAGUGAUCUCAAUUUUCGGCUCUGGAAACUUGAAACAUCAAUUUUUAAAGAUUGUGGAAACCUUAGCAAGGCAAAAAUUCAGUCCAUGUCAAUAUCCAUCUGGUGUUGUGUAAAUUUGAGUUUGAUGUAACCAUGUAUGGGACUAUUUGGAUUCAUAAAUAGUGAAAUUGUUUGUAUGCUAAUAUUCUAGAAAAAUGAUAUGGAACUAAAACUCUUUUACCUU